AUGAUCAACGCGGCUGCCGAUGAGUCAGGCUCUUUCGUGAAUCCCCAUGGCCCCACUCUCGCCGACCUGCUCACCAUCGAGCCCUCGGCAUCCAUAUUCUACUCCUAUGCACGCGAGACGAAGUUCUCUAUGCGAUUCUCUGAACAACAGUCAAAUACCACACUGCUGGUCCCUGUCAACAAGGCGGUGAUGGCUUUAGCGAGGAAACCUCAUCAGGGCCCUGCGCCGGGACAGCUCGAGGAUGGCGUAACUAUCACGGAGCAGGAAUACGAGGCGCAGAGUCAAGAAAAUGUGCGAAAAUGGGUUGGCGCGCACAUUAUUCCGGAUUCACCCGUGGUCCUGUCUGGCGUCUACUCUACGCUUCUCGCAGGCAGACCUGUUUCAUUCAGUGCCAAGAUUUCCGAGCCCGACUGGUCUGAAGUAAAAGUAAACGGGGAUGUAAGCAUCAUUGCUCGAAAGGAGGCUUCAAAUGGCGUGCUCUAUCUGUUGGAUGGUACAAUAAAGCUGGACCAGAAUUGA